AUGGCUAUCCCAUCGUGUUGCUUGAAAGCCUUUGAAUGGGACGGCACUCCAACGGGCCGAACCGACAAGCUUGCCAACAAUGACGUCUACGUCGUCGGUGACAAUCCACACGCCGCAGUUGUCAUCAUUCACGACCUUCUAGGCUGGACCUUCCCCAACGCACGCCUCCUGGCGGAUCACUAUGCUCGCGAAGCCAACGUCACGGUCUAUCUACCAGACUUCUUCGGCGGUUGGGUUGUACCCUUUGAGCCAGUGCUUCAGAAUCGAUGGCACGAAAUUGACCUCUCGAGCUUUGGAAGGGACAAUUCACGAGAAAUUCGAGAACCUGAAAUCACCAACUUUGUCAAGGAGGUUCGCAAGAAGCACACGAAAGUCGGGGCUAUUGGGUUUUGCUACGGAGGGUGGGCAGUCUUUCGGUUAGGAGCAAAAGAGCAUGAUCCUCCGUUGGUUGACUGCAUCGCGACUGGCCACCCCAGCUUGCUGACCAAGGAGGAUAUUGACGGUGUUGGGGUUCCGGUGCAGCUGUUGGCUCCCGAAUUUGAUACGCAGUUCACCCCCGAGCUCAAGUCGCAUUAUUUCGAGACCAUGUUGAAGAAGGGCGUGUCGUUUGAGUAUCAUCACUACCCUGGUGUCGAGCAUGCUUGCUUGACUAGAGGUGAUCCCGGAAAGCCUGGAGAGAGGAAGGCGAUGGCUCUGGCAAAGUCGGCCGCGGUAAGCUGGUUCAGUCAACAUUUGCAUUAA